AUAACCCCCAAGCGGGAAGUUCUCGCAAGUGCGGCUCUGCAGGGAGGAGCGAGGGCAGAGUGGAAGGCCCUCGGGAGAGUGGAGGGCAACAGUGGCCGCGGUUCCUCUGUACUUCGUUUCUUCCCUCUUUGGAUUGCAGCUUUAUAGAAUUGAGAAAUUGCUGAGCCUAAAUACAUGUUGCUGCAUUGCCUCCGAGAAUGGCUGGACCUAUCCCCACUCUCACCAAAACAGAGUGUGUGACUCACUGCUCCCUCGCCUACUAUGUAAACCUUCCUAGGGAUGCUGUUUCUAACUGCUGCCAGCCCCUUCCCGUCUCUCUGGUUGUGCUUCUGAUGCAUUCCCUACACAACUGGAACGUGUUUCCAGGCAUAAAAUCAAGAGGAAUUUUACAACAGAUGGGCUCAGGCAACAAGUUAGCCCCAGAGUGGAGCUCAGCUACAGAGGAAUGCUUCACUGAAAGAAAUAGCAGAGCCACUGCCAGAAGAAAGGGGACAAGACCUGGCAGGACACCUUCUUUCCAUGCUUUCCAGCCUGUGGGAGUGGCAGGGGCAACAGAGAGGGAACCUGGAGCCAGGAUUAAUGACCCAUUUAUGAAGCAUCUUAUUCUGCGACUGAAGCUCGGUGGUCAGUGGCGACGUAAAUGGCUCGACUCCCCGCUGGCAUUCGCUUCAUCGUCUCAUUCUCCAGGGAUCAGUGGUACAGAGCCUUCAUUUUUAUUUUGACAUUUCUGCUGUAUGCAAGUUUUCACUUAUCUCGAAAGCCUAUCAGCAUAGUUAAGGGUGAGCUCCACAAGUAUUGCACUGCUUGGGAUGAAGCUGACGUCAGAUUCAGCAGCCAGAGCAGCAAGUCUGGGUCCGUUGCCCCCCACCAGCUCCCUGACAAUGAGACCGACUGUGGCUGGGCACCAUUUGAUAAGAACAACUAUCAGCAGCUGCUUGGGGCCCUGGACUACUCCUUCCUGUGCGCCUACGCCGUGGGGAUGUACCUCAGUGGCAUAAUUGGGGAACGCCUGCCGAUUAGGUAUUACCUAACUUUUGGGAUGCUCGCCAGUGGAGCCUUCACCGCCCUGUUCGGCUUAGGGUAUUUCUACAACAUCCACAGUUUUGGAUUCUACGUGGUAACUCAGGUCAUCAACGGGCUGGUGCAGACCACCGGCUGGCCCAGCGUCGUCACCUGCCUCGGCAACUGGUUUGGAAAAGGAAGGAGAGGUUUGAUUAUGGGGGUCUGGAACUCCCACACCUCUGUGGGCAACAUCUUGGGGUCACUGAUCGCUGGCUACUGGGUGUCCACGUGCUGGGGCCUGUCCUUCGUCGUGCCUGGAGCCAUUGUGGCAGCCAUGGGGAUAGUGUGCUUUCUCUUCCUCAUUGAACAUCCGAAGGACGUCAGGUGCUCCUCCACCCUGGUGACGCACUCAAAAGGCUAUGAGAAUGGUACAAACAGAUUGAGACUCCAGAAGCAAAUCUUGAAGAGCGAAAAGAACAAGCCUCUGGACCCAGAGAUGCAGUGCCUGCUGCUCUCAGAUGGGAAGGGCUCCAUCCACCCGAACCACGUCGUCAUUCUCCCCGGGGACGGUGGGAGUGGCACAGCCGCCAUCAGCUUCACAGGGGCCUUGAAAAUUCCAGGCGUGAUAGAGUUCUCGCUGUGUCUGCUGUUCGCCAAGCUGGUCAGCUAUACUUUCCUCUUCUGGCUGCCCCUGUACAUCACGAAUGUGGAUCACCUUGACGCCAAAAAAGCGGGGGAGCUCUCCACCCUGUUUGACGUGGGCGGAAUCUUUGGUGGGAUCCUGGCAGGUGUGAUCUCAGACCGACUGGAGAAAAGGGCCUCCACCUGCGGCCUGAUGCUGCUGCUCGCGGCCCCCACGCUCUACAUCUUCUCCACCAUCAGCAAGAUGGGGCUUGAGGCCACCAUCGCCAUGCUGCUGCUCAGCGGAGCCCUGGUCAGUGGGCCCUAUGCACUCAUCACCACCGCCGUCUCCGCCGACCUGGGGACUCAUAAAAGUCUGAAAGGCAACGCACACGCCCUCUCCACCGUGACGGCCAUCAUCGACGGGACCGGCUCUGUAGGAGCAGCCCUGGGCCCCCUGCUGGCUGGGCUCCUCUCCCCGUCCGGCUGGAGCAAUGUGUUUUACAUGCUGAUGUUUGCAGAUGCCUGUGCCUUACUGUUCCUGAUCCGCCUCAUACACAAGGAGCUGAGCUGCCCAGGGUCAGCUACGGGGGACCAAGUUCCAUUUAAGGAACAGUGACACCCCACCCCCAGUCCCGUGGAGGGGGUCUGGGCCCACCCUUCACAACUGCCUUUCAAGGACAGUUCAGACAAAGGGCCCUACAUGGAAAGAGUGACCUCCCUUUGCCUUUUGCACACGCACCUGGAAAAGACACAGAAGCCAACCUGAGAACUCCUGGUGCUAUUUUAAAGGAGACGUAGAGCUGAACAGCAGUGAGAAAAGUCUGCAGGAACGGCUGCCUGAGCCGAGCCAGAGAACCGAAGACCCGGCUGGCCCUGGCCUCGCAGGCGUGUGCCCAGGCAGCCACCCAAAUGCACGCGUGACAGCAAGGCUGGGAGGGUGGGGGGUACACAAGUAGCCCCGACCCUCUCAGGCAUUUCAGCCACAGAACAUGAAAGUGAGCGAGUGCCGCGCCGGCUGUGGCUUCAGAGAACCUGUAUGUGCCAUGUGGAAAAACAGGACACCAGAGCCCACCAGACAGUGCCGGCCAACAGAGAAGCAGAGAGCCAGCGCCACACGACAUCAAGAAGGCCAACAACCAGGUCGGAAACCAAGACGGAGCUCAGACCCACCACAUCGCCCCAGAGGCUUUUCCAGCACCCACGAUGUUCCGGACUGAACUGAAAACUAAUUGUUGAGAAGCCAAGGGUGAGGAGGCAGGAAGCACCUCCGGUUGGAGGCACCCAGGCGUGCCAGCCACAGAGCGCCCCAAAGUCACCGUCAUCCCAGCCCCUGGCCUUCCUGCUGCCCUCCGGGGCCACGGCGCUGCUGUUCAGCUCAGGCACGGGGGCACGGCAGAGGCUUGGGAAGCGGUCUCCCCACCGGCACUGGGAUUGGCGGGUCCAAGCCCAGCAACUGGCUUUGCUGCACAACACACACCACACCUGGGACUGUUUUCAAUACAUAGCAACAGAGUGGGUUAUUUAUUUAAGAGGUGUAUUGUGUCAUAUGAAGUUUAAGAAACAUAAAUGGCAUUUUGUUAUUUAUUAAGACAAACUCCAAUUGUUCUCUGGCCGUUUUUUUCAGUUGUGUCUAGCAAAAUACUUAUCUGCCCUUUGAAAUAAAAUGUUUUUGUUAAAAAAAAAA